UUUGACUUAACCUAUAAACAUGUGUGGAAUAAUUUGUUUGAUUCAAAGAGAGCAUAAUCAAGACUUUAAUAAAAUAUUUGAAGGCUGUGAAUAUUUAAUUAAAAACAGAGGUCCAGAUUCAUACCAAACAUUAGAGUAUAUUUGUAGUAAAACAAGUUGUAACUUAAAAUUAGGUGCUAGUGUGCUAUGGCUUCAAGGAAAAUCUCUGACGAAACAACCACUAGAAAAUGAGAGCAGUAUUUUUGUUUAUAAUGGAGAUGUAUUUGGAAGUGAGACAAUACAAGAUAAUUUAAGAGAAUCCAAUGGAGAUACAGAACUAUUUCAAAAGGCACUUGAUGGAAAUGACGGUAAUAUUAAAAAGUUUUUAAAGGGAAUCCGAGGACCUUUCGCGUUUAUUUAUUUGAAUAAACAAAAAAGUAAACUGUACUUUGCUAGAGACAUCUAUGGUCGCAGAAGUCUCUUAUUGGGUUGCAGCGAUGGAGGUGACAUCUUAUUGAGCAGUUGCGUAACUAAAAAUUCGUGCAAUUUCAUAGAGUUGCCUGCUAUAGGAAUAUUCAGUUACGAUUUGCAAUCCAAUCAAUUGGAGUUAGUUCCAUGGGAUAUAAGAAAUAAUAACUUUAGUAUGAAAAUACAAGAAGUUAAGCGCUGUUUGGGAGAAAUUGAUUUGAUCGUUAAAGAUGAGAAUGUUAAAACUUUGCAGCUUGAUUUUACAGAGCCUAAUUUAGGGAUUUUAAAGAAUUUAAGUAAGGAAGAAAUAUUCGAAACACUUUUAAAAGAUGAGAUUUGGGGUGGAAACGUUAAAAAAUUAAGCGAUUUGCUGCAUUUCUCUGUAUUGAGGAGGAUUAAAAAUCAACCAAAAUAUUGUAAAAAGUGUUUUUUGAAUUUGGGAAGCUGUAAGGAUUGCCGAGUGGGUGUAUUAUUUUCGGGUGGUUUGGAUUGCACGAUUCUCGCUUUAAUUGUGGACGAGUAUUUGGAUGAAUCGAGUCCCAUUGAUUUGCUGAACGUCGCAUUCGAGAAUCCGGGUGGAUUCGAUACGCCGGACAGGUUGACCGGUCGGGAAAGCUGGAUGGAGUUGAAGGAAUUGAGGCCGGAAAGAGUUUGGAACUUUGUGGAAAUCAAUGUCGAUUUGGAGGAGUUGAACGAGGCUCGGGAUUCGCACGUUAAGCAUCUGAUAUAUCCACUGAAUACCGUGUUGGAUGAUAGUUUAGGAUGCGCUCUAUGGUUUGCUAGCAAAGGGAUGGGCGAUGGUUAUAUUUCCACCUCUAGGGUUUUGAUAGUUGGAAUGGGAGCGGAUGAGCUCUUCGGUGGAUACACCAGGCAUCGGGCGGCGCUGAAUAAGGGUGGAUGGCAAAGGCUUACGGAAGUCCUGCAGGAAGACUGGCAGAAUAUUUCGCAUAGGAAUCUGGCUAGGGAUGAUAGGGUUGUUUCCGAUCACGGACGGCAAUUGCGGACACCGUAUUUGGAUGAGGAUCUCGUUGAAUUCGUGCUAGGCUUACCGGCAUGGCAAAAGACGUAUCCAUCUGAUUGUCUUCCGCAAGGAAUCGGCGAGAAGAUUCUGUUGAGGAGUUUGGCGUAUCGCAUGGGGCUUAGAAGAGCCACCAAUUAUAAGAAAAGAGCCUUGCAAUUUGGGUCUAGAAUUGCGAAUAAGAAAGAAAAUGCUCACGAAAUAUCACCGAGAUUAUGAAUAAUAGAGUUUUAAUUAUUA